AUGGAGAGUUUUAAGGAUAAGAACCUUUCAAGUGGAUUGUUCUUCCUUGAGCUUCUCAGUGCGGUGGAGCCAAGGGUUGUCAAUUGGAAUCUUGUCACAAAGGGAGAAAGUGAUGACGAGAAGAAGUUGAAUGCUACUUAUAUAAUUAGUGUUGCAAGAAAGCUUGGAUGUUCGAUUUUCUUGUUGCCUGAAGACAUCAUGCAGGUAAACCAAAAGAUGAUGCUUACUCUUACAGCUGGCAUCAUGUACUGGAGCCUUCAGCAACAAGUGGAAGAGUCCGAGUCGUCUCUGUCCCCUGCUACUGCAACUACUCCUGAUGCAUCCCCAGCGCCGUCUAUUGAUGGUGAAGAUGAAAGCUCCCUGAGUCCAUUCCCUGCUAUUGCUGCUGCAAGUCCCGACGCAUCCCCUGCACCAUCUGUCAAUGGUGAAGAUGAGAAGUCCAUAGUCGGUGAAAGCUCUCUAGGUGAAGUCUCAAACUUGACACUUGAUGAUGCAGCUUCUGAUACUACAGUCUCCUCAGAGGUUGAAAACAAAGACACCCCACAACAUAUUGAACCAUAG